AUGCCUGCUGCUACAGGGAUUCUAGUCACUGUAACCGCCACGGCCGAGGCUUCCAGAGAAAACAAGCCAACAUGCUCCGAUUCUAACAUUCUUGCCGUUGGCGCCGGUGUCGGAGUUUCUCUGGGAGCACUGUUGGUGGCAUCCAUCGCGAUUCUGGUCUGGAGAGAGAAAUCUCGUUCGAAACUACAGACAGACCCAGCAAACCCUGUCUCCUAUCCAACAAACCACACGACAAAUGGGAAGUUUAAAAAUUUGAAUUCUCCAGUAGAAAUGGACUACUCGACGGCAUACGAAAUUGAUGGGAAUGCAAGGAACGAAAUCUAUGGGAACGCGAGGAAAAGCUAG